AUGCAAGAACGUGCGACAAAAAUUAAGGAGUCUGAUGCCAUAGUUCUGCUGCCGUCUGAGUACAACUCGGUCAUUCCUCCAGCCCUGACCAACAUGCUGUGUCACUUCAGCCCUAGUUUGUUUACAUGCAAACCCAGCGGGAUUGUGACAUAUUCCUUGGGAGUUUUUGGUGGCAUGAGGGUAACUAUGCAACUGCGAGUUCUCCAUGGGAUGUUUAAGCAUUGGCAACACUUUCUGUAUACCAGAGUGUGUUCAGUAGUAGCAGAUGUGGAUGAUGGAGAAAAUCUGACAAUAGCAGAUGUGGAUGAAGCUGAAAUAGCUGAAGAGAUAGUUGUGACUGUUGAUGUGACUACCUCCAAUGAGGAUGUCACACAUACAUCAGAUAGUUUAAAUGAUUCCUUGGCAACUAUACAGACAACUGUCACGGUCCCAGGUGGCCAGGUAGUAACUGAAGAUAUAACUGAGUCAGAUAGACCCAGCUCUGCAUUUGUUUUUAAAGAUUCUAAUUUUGUUCAUUCUAGUAAAGGCAUUGCUGGAAAUAAAAGGACAAGGGUGUGGAAAAAUCUGAAGCAAAUAGUUGCAGCAGAGAGGGCGCUGCAGUGGGGACCAGAUGAUGUCACUUAUGGUUCAAUUGAUGCGCCUCCAUCUUUUCGACCUGCUAAAAAGUAUUCAGACAUUUCAGGGCUUGAGGCCAAAUAUACAGACCCACGCACAAAAAUGCGGUAUGCUAAUUCAGACGAGUACAGGAGGGUCCAUUUAUUACCUAAUGAUAUCAUAACUGGAUGUUUGCAACUUCGUAAAGCUAAUACUCUAAUGCCUUGAGUUAUAAUAUGUUAUGUUUUUAUUAAAAAAUACU